AUGCCAAAGGUCGUGUCAAGAAAGUUCAACCAAAAGACAGAACGCCCCUCAAAAGAGAAGAAGGACGAGAAGGCCGCCGCCUCGGCCACUGCUGCCUCUGCUGCCAGCCGUGCUUUCGGACCCCUCUUCAACAAGGAUCUCGGUCAGCAUAUCUUGAAAAACCCUUUGGUCGCUCAGGGAAUUGUUGACAAGGCCUACUUGCGCCCCACCGACACUGUUCUCGAAAUUGGUCCCGGUACAGGAAACUUGACGGUCAAGAUCUUGGAAAAGUGCAAAAAGGUUGUUGCCGUCGAGAUGGAUCCUCGUCUUGCUGCCGAAUUGCAGAAGCGUGUUCACGGAACUCCUGACCAGAAGAAGCUCGAGAUUAUGAUUGGAGAUUUCAUGAAGGCUAAGCUCCCAUACUUUGACGUUUGCAUCAGUAACACCCCAUACCAGAUCUCGUCCGUUCUCGUGUUUAAGUUGUUGGAGCACCGCCCCGUUUUCCGCAGCUCAGUUCUCAUGUUCCAGCGUGAAUUCGCUCUUCGUCUUGUUGCCAAGCCUGGUGAUUCGUUGUACUGUCGUCUCAGUGUCAACGUCCAGUUGUUUGCCAAGGUCGAGCAUAUCAUGAAGGUCGGCAAGAACAACUUCCGUCCCCCACCCCAGGUCGAGUCCAGUGUCGUUCGCAUGGAGCCCAGAAACCCCCCACCCCCUGUUGAUUUCAAGGAGUGGGAUGGUCUCAUGCGCAUCUUGUUUGUCCGCAAGAACAAGACGUUGUCGGCUAACUUCAAGACGGAGAGUGUGAUGGAGAUGUUGGAGACCAACUACAAGACAUAUUGCGCAACACACGAUAUGAUGUUGGAGGACCCAUUGGACAUGAAGGCCAAGGUCCAGGGAGUGUUGACUAAGGUCGGAAUGGCUGAGGAACGUGCAGCAAAGAUGGAUCAAGAUGAUUACCUCAAGCUGCUGGCGGCUUUCAACGAAGAAUGCAUUCACUUCUGCUAA